CUCUCGGGGCCCGGGGCUCGAGGCCCGGCUCUGCUCUCUCAGGCCCGCCGGUGAUGCCGGCCCCGGGCUGAGCCCCCCGCCCGGCCAUGCUGCCCUGCGGGGCCGUGCUCUGGCGGAGGCUGCUCAGGAAGCGAUGGGUCCUCGGCGUCGUCUUUGGGCUCUCGCUCGUUUAUUUCAUCACCAGUACCUUCAAGCAGGAAGAGAGGAUGGUGAGAGAUCGGAAUCUCCUCCAAGUGCAGGAGCAUGAGCAGCCCAUCAUGUGGAAGGUGAAGUUCAGCUCGGGGAACAGCAGCCAGCUGAGCAACCAGUGCAGGAACUCUGUGCAGGGGAAGCUCCUCAUUACAGAUGAACUGGGCUACAUCUGUGAGAGGAAGGACCUGCAGGUGAAUGGCUGCUGCAAUGGGAACGUGCCCAGCACGAAGCUCUACAGCUGUGACAGCUGCAUGCCCAAUGGCUGCUGCAGCAUCUACGAGUACUGCGUGUCCUGCUGCCUGCAGCCCAGCAAGCAACAUCUCCUGGAGCGGUUCUUGAACCGGGCAGCGAUUGCUUUCCAAAACCUCUUCAUGGCAGUGGAAGAUCACUUUGAGCUGUGUCUGGCCAAAUGCAGGACUUCAUCACAGAGCGUGCAGCAUGAGAACACCUACAGAGACCCAAUUGCCAAAUACUGCUAUGGCGAGUACCCCCCAGAGCUCCUGCCUGUUUGAGAGCUGAAGAUCUGAGCAGCAGAAGGAAGGAACUGGAGACUUGAAUCCAAAAGAACAAGGCAGCAGCUGUUGCUUUACCAAAACCUCAGUGUAAGAAGCUUGUCUUGUGUGGGGGCAAACCCAGAGGUGAACAGAGGAAGUAAGGAACUUAAGGUCUUCAGGACUGAACCUUGCUUUCUUCAAUUUAUUGUGCACCUGCUUUGAAGUGCUGGUACUGUGCUGCUGUGCCAGUACAUUCUUUGAAUACUUCCUCUAAAUUUCAAGAAUUGUGGAGUCAAUCUAGGCUGUAGAGCAUCAAGGGAAAAUAUCUAAUGUGGCUUUGCAGCUGUAAAUGGAGGUUCAGUUGUGUCUCUGCAGUCCAGAGACUUUCCAGAGUGACAGCAGUAAGUGGAGUUACUACUCCUUUCAGAGAGCAAAGUAUGCCUGCUGUGCUCCUGUCUCUGGAACUCUUCUUGACAUGGAUGGUGUACACUACAUAUGUAAUUAUAAAUUAUUCAUCCAUUUUAUAUGGGUCCCUGGCUGAAAGUAUGAAUGCUUUGCAUAGCUAGUUGUGGAUGCCUUUCAGUCCCUGCUUUGCUGUGUCAGCUAGAAGGGAUAUUUUAGAUCCUGACUAAAAUUGGUAGGGGUUUUUUUUAGCUUCUUAGUCUAAAGGAUUUGUAUUGAGAUUUGUCACUAUAGUGCUUAUGUUCCUCUUAGUGAGUUUAAACCAUUCAGAACUCCAAUGGAGUUGUUCUGCCAAAGUCCCAUAGCACAACAGAAGAGCAGGGAUCUGCCUGUGUUCACUGUCUGAACACUUUCCCUGUUACUCUGCAGCAGUUUCCUCAAAGAGGAGUCCACUUUUGUGAGCAGCUCUCUGCUGUCCACUGGCUGACAGGGAGCAGGGAAGAUUUGUUUGCUUGAAAUUGUUCAGGCCUUGGUGUUUCUAAUGUAUUUCACUCCUGGUUGUGCAGGAGACAAAAGGGUAGAGUUGGUAGAGUUGACAUCUCCACACCACCUUUCCCAGACCUGCCUGUGCCUUCCCACGCUGCUCCAGUGAAGGAGGCAGGAUGGGGUUGUCAGCCUUUUCGAACUCCUUGGCAUUUCUGGCAGAUCCUAAAAUGUUCUACAUCUGCAUCUCAGGAAGCAAACAGCACAGCUUCCUUUUAGCCCUUGGAGCCGUCUUACACCAAAUUCAAGCUGAUCUUCACCUUUUACAAACAUAAUGAACAGGCCUCAGUUACAUGAAGACAAGAAUUCAUUGUCCCAUGCUUGUUUUACACAAGCCAGUGACCAGCUCCUGCCACUGUACUUCGACCCGUGGGGGAAGGAAAAGGCCAACAUGCGACCGGGAGUUCAGAAUAGAAGGAGGCUGCGUCCUCCGAAAUCUCGAUAGAGACCCCACGAGGGUAUGGCGCAAUGGACUCUCUCCCUUUAUUCGAAUAAAGUUGCAGGACUCCCCUG